GUGUUGCCGCAGUAUUCGCCACAAUAGUUACGGUUCAGUGGCAUUGUUUCGUCAUUCAUUUGGAAACUGAGUUCAUUCUUUGCCAUCUCGUGGAGAAAAAUAAUUAUUUUUUAAUGUAAUUAAUAUGUGCUCAGACAGAAUAGUUAUUAAAAUAUCUUGCUAAUAAAAAGACAAUUAUAUGGUAAUAUUAUUUCUGUGAGCAAAUCUAAGUAUUGUGCUAAAAAUCAUUUCAUAAGGAAAGCCUUGUCUUGGCCUCGCCUGCAUUCGGUAAACAAAUUUUAUUCAAAUCCAAUUUUAUUAGAAAAGGUAAGUUUUGUAAAGCGUAGCGGUCUUGAGGUGAUAAUUUCAUAUAAGGGACGUUCGCCCACGGCUGUCCCAUCAAAGGUAAUCGCCAAGUUAUUUGCGUCUGAAAUAUGUCCGAAGCCUUAGCCGCGCCCCUAAUUCCACAACUGCAAGAGAUGCAGCAGCAGCAACAACAUAGUGGCCCUAGUGCCGCCGCCGCCUCCGCCGCUCAACAAUGGUAUUCAAAUCCCUGGUAUGCCAAUCAAUACCAGCAACAGUAUAGCCAGUACUAUCAAUAUUAUAUGCGCUAUGGAAUGCAACAUCAACAGCAACAAAAUCAAAGCAAUAAUGCUCCGCCUGGAUUUAGCAACUCUGUUAUACCAUCGGAUAAGAACUUGCCCCCAUUACCUUCUGGGCCACCGCCACCUCCACCAAUGACCCCAAAUGGCAGCUGCAAUCAAAUUCAAGGUAAUCAAAAAAGUUUCGGCGGGAUUAGAUUUAACUUAAGUCAGCAAAAGCGCUUGGCGAAUGCACCAAAUCCAUUGCAGAAUUCACCAACUGCUCUGAAUACGCCAUCUUUUCAAAAUAAUAACAUCCAUAACAAUCCCGUUAAUGGUGUUAGUAUGAGUAAUGCAAAUAAUAAUAUCAAAAAGAAACGUAAAAGGAAUAAGAAGCAAAGUCCACUACAACAACAGCAGCAGGCUGCUUUCGAUGCUCAUUUUGAAAGCUUAAAUACAAGUCAACAAAUGAAUGGUAGUUUUAUUAACACUUCGCUUCCACCGCCUAUAAUCGCGCCAUCGAUAACGGCCGACUUAUCCAAACCACCACCACCGAUUAUGCCAUAUAGCAGUAUGAAUGGCGCUAGUGUUGUGGAAGAGCAAAAACCAUCGGACAACAGUACAUUAAAUGAACAACCAGCUUCUGUAGAGACGCCAACCAAGAAAAUAAAUAUGUUUAAUAAUCCAAAUGAUGCCUGGCCAGAGUCACUAAAUAAUUAUGUGGCCCGUUGUUACGCCAAGUGCGCUACUGAUUUGGAUAAGGAUCAAAUUGAUAUUUGUUUGAAAGGAAAAAUAAUGGCAGCUGCGAAUCGCAAUGAGCUUUGGACACGUGAUUGGGAUAAUGAGCCUAUACCUAGUGUACACAGUGAGCGAAAUAAUAUACAAAUGCAGUUGUAUAAUCAGCAACAAAAACAACAGCAGUCGCAACAGCAUACACCAAACGCGCAGAAAUACAAGCAUCAACAAAAUCAAAUUAAUCACCAAAAUUCACAACAAAAAAAUAAUAAGGGUAUAUCUCGUAGUUUAAAUGCGCGCUUAGGUCAACGUAAUUCAUUCGGAAACGUACAAAAGGCUUCAAGAAAUUCCAGAAGUCGUUCGCGGUCCCCACAACCACAUAAAUAUCAUAAACGCAGUACACGAUCUCGGUCGCGAUCUCGCGGUUCGUCAUCAAGUCCUCGUCGUAAGAUACGUCGCAGUACCAGUUCGGAAACAUCUGAUCGUCGGUCGAAUGAAAAUUUUAUAGCAUUUAAUUCCUCCGGUAAAAAGCAACAAAAAGGUAAUAGCUCUAAAAAGGGGAAGAAUGCUAAGGGCGCCAGCAGUUCAGCAAAUACGAAAUCCAAAGCCCCAUUUUAUUCGUCAUCUGUAGGCGGGGCGGUAGAUGACGACACGGCACGAUUACAGCAACGUGCAGCGCGUUUCUCGCAGGGUUCUUCAACGAAAAAAUCGGUUGUCGCGGUAGCUAGCUCUCCAUUCGGUCAUGCGAAACAAUUAAAACAGAAAAAAUACGGGGGUAGUUUGGGCGGGCGCAUGUUUAUGGAUACGGAUACGUCCGGCGGUUUUGAAACAGGGUUAGAUUUAUUAGAUUUGCAUAUUGUAGGCACAUGCAGGCUUUUGGAAAAGUCUUUCCUGCGAUUGACUAAGGCACCAUUACCAACGGAAGUGCGGCCCAUUGAGGUGUUAACGCACUCGUUACAAAAUGUCAAACAGAAGUGGAGAGACAAUCAGGAUUACUACUACGCUUGCGAUCAGCUCAAAUCCAUACGUCAGGAUCUGACGGUUCAAGGUAUUCGUGACAAAUUUACUGUAGAAGUCUAUGAAACACAUGCUCGAAUUGCAAUGGAAAAGGGCGAUCACGAAGAGUUCAAUCAAUGUCAGACUCAACUGAAGAUGCUUUAUACCGAGGUGGGACCGAGCGUUAAUACAUUGGAAUUUACAGCAUAUCGAAUACUAUAUUACAUCUUCACAAAGAAUACCUUGGACACAACUACCGUUUUACGCUCAAUAAAACAAGACCAACGUGAGAAUCCCGCAAUUGCACAUGCGCUAGGUUUUCGUUCGGCGUGGGCGCAGGGCAAUUAUUGUAAGCUUUUCCAACUUUACAAGACGGCACCUCUUAUGGCGGGCCAUUUGAUUGAUUGGUUUAUCGAAAGAGAGCGCAAGAAUGCCUUACGCACUAUUAUUAAAGCUUAUCGUCCUGCAAUCGGCAUUGAGUACAUUACAAAUUUACUGGUUUUUGAAAGUCAAGAGAAAUGUAAAGAGUGGAUGGCCCCCUUCAGUCUGCCUAUGGUUGGUGCUAAUGGCGACCAGAUUGAUUGCAAAGUGGCGGCUACAAUUACUAUUUAAGAAAAAAAACGCCGUAGAUUCCUUAAAUAGGAUGUGUAAAAUAUUCACAAAUAGUGUGCAUGUUUGUAGAGGGCAAGUGUGUGCAUUGACAAAUUUCAUAAGUACUUGUUGAAGUUUGAAGUGUUGCUUACCCAUAAUCACUCCACAAUUUAGUGCGGCUGCGGUGAAUACCCGCUCUCUACGAUAACACCAUUAAUCUACGGAAUGACGUCAGCAUGUAAACAGUGCAAAAACACCUCUCUGGGUUCACUUCGUCUGUUCAAAAAAAAAAAAAAAGAAACAUAAAAACCUUGGGUCUUUGGGUGUUGUAUGUCCUUUGUACGUUAUGAACGCUCAGAAACAUUUCUAAUCACAUUGAUUAUCGCAAAAAUGCAAAUUAUUUUUGAAGUUGGUGAAUUGUUAAAAAAAAAAAUGAAAUGGGUUUUUAAUACGAUUCUAGACAUUUUUUAGUUAUAUGAACAAUAUUCAAAAUGCAGUGAAUUAAAAAAUCCGCUAACAUAACAUCUCGGGUAAGAACAUUUUCAACGUAUUUGCGCUAACAUAAAAUUAAAGAAACUAUUAAAGAUGAGCCCAUCCACUAAAAAUCGUCGCUUGACAACGGUUAACAAUAAAAAGGUCGCCGCGGAAAUAUGUAAUUCUUUAAAAAUAAACGUAAUGCUGACAAGAUCGUAGAAUAGAUCAACAGCAUAAGCCACUGGCGUCAACAAAAGAGAGAUUCGAUAGCCCAAGCGGAAAAGUGAAAAAAAAAUUAUUGCUUUGAUGGCAAUAUAAAAUCAGUUUUUAUAAGAAAAAUAUACAACCAAUAUAAAUUCAUAUAUGAUGGACAGUAAGCUGAUCUAAAAUAACUACACCUCCAAUGGGAUAUUGACUUUCAAAGUCGUAUGUUGUUUUGCUGUGCAUCGUUUUAAAGCAGAAUGAAUACUCUCAACGACUGUGACUUGUUAUUUACGACGUUCGCUACAUCUUCAAACCUUCAAUGCCAUAAGUUUCAUGCUCGAUUUGCAUUGAAACCAAUUUUUUUUUCUUGUUUUAAUUUGAAAAUUAUUAUUUUUUAGUUAUAGAUUGAAAAACAAGGCUUAGCUAAAAAUAGUUCUCGAUUCUGUAUGUUACUAUUAGGCAUGUAAUUUACAUAUAUUUUUUUGAAUUGCUUGGUUCCUGCGGUCCGUCAGUAUUGUGGUUGCAUGCACCUUGUGCGGGCGCCCACUGAAAAUUAAUAUUCUUGCUAUCCCAGCAAAAGUUUAAUACAAAAAUAAGAUUUUAAAAUAGGCUUCAAAGUUUUAGAUCGCCUUUGCGAAAUAAUGUAAAUGCUUUUUUUUUCAAACCAUGGAUUUUUGUAAAUUAUUGUUAGAUAUUUUGAAUGUUAAUUUUUCUAAUGUUUCUUGUCUCUUCUACAAAUAUUGGUGAAAUAUUUAUGAGCGUUAACUGACUCGACUGCUGCAAAAAUUGUGAGCGUUCAAAGGCGAUAAAAUACGCUGAAGGUGUUGCUGGUUAAACUUGCUGCUGUCAACAAUUCCGACCGACGUUAAGAAAACGCUGUACACAAAGGAAAGUGAUCAACCGAGUGAACAACAGUCUGAACUCCGCUGGGCGGUUCAACACAAACUCCCAAGUGUGUUAACUCCAGCUGAUGCUGGUCGUCAAGCGGGUACUCAUUAAUUUAUAACCUGUUGUUAAAAAGUAAAAAAAAAAAGAAAAUAAUUAUGGAUUUCAGCGCGAAAAUGCUAGUUAUCCAUCCUUAGCCGCACUUCACCGCAUAUUUAAACUAAACUCUUGGAAUUAAUUAUUAUACAUUUUUAUUGAUUAUCUAUUAUAUCAUAAGAAGUUUUUAUAGGAACUAGUUUUAAGUAUUUAUACGUAUAUAUAUCUUGUUAUUGAUUUCUAAUGAUUUUUUUGGCGUUUAAAAGCUGCAGGCAAAAGAAAAUGCUUCCGGCAUACAUAUGCAUUUGGUUGAAGCGCAAUGUUUGUGCGUCGACUUGAACGUUCAAUAAAGUGGCCAAAAGUUUCUCAUA